UGCUUCCGCAAGAGGCCAUUGAAAAAAAGAAGAAGUUUAUGUGAAACUUAGAGGUUAUCUGUUUUUAUUUUUAUUUGACAACAUGAUAAUCCAAGAACCCAAUAUUUUGUUUUUUUUUUUGUAAGUGUAAGCGUAAUUUUUUCACUUUUUGAGUUCAAAUACAUUGUAAGUGCAAUCAAAUGGAAGUAAAACAAGAAAUUAGCGAGGAAACGUGUAAAGUAGAAAUAGAGUAUAAUCACUUGGAAUAUGUUCAUCUGGAUGGCGUUAAAUGUGAAAUCAAGGAGGAAUCCAAUAGGCAAAGUACUCAUGAUGACCCGUAUUAUGAUCCCUUGGACUUAAAGAAAUUUUCCAUAAAUACUGAAAUAGAACAACAUGCAAAUAAACUUAACCCAUUUGAAGAAAACCAAAGAACUGGAAAAGAUAAUCUCCAAAAGAACAAGGUGGAACUUAUAGACACAAUAACUGAAAAUUCAUCUCCAGAAGAAAAUCAUAUGAAUCCACACGCUGAAGGAGAAACAUUAACUAAAAAUAUAAAAGUUGUUACGGAAAAAAGACCUUUCAAGUGCGAAAUUUGUUUUAAGCAGUUUGCUCGAAAAUUUUGUUUAACUGAACACAUGAAAGUUCACACUGGAGAAAAGCCUCAUAAAUGUGAAAUUUGUUUUAAGCAAUUUAGUAUAGCAAAUAAUUUGGAAAAACAUUUGAGAGUGCACACUAGAGAAAAAGCUUACAAGUGUAAAAUUUGUUUUAAGCAGUUUACUCAAGCAAGUACUUUGAAAACACAUUUGAGCGUGCACACUGGAGAAAAACCUCAUAAGUGUGAAAUUUGUUUUAAGCAGUUUGCUACAGCAAGUAAUUUGAGGGUACAUUUUAGAGUGCACACUGGAGAAAAAUGUUACAAGUGUGAAAUUUGUUUUAAGCAGUUUGCUCGCAAAUUUUGUUUAACUGAACACAUUAAAGUUCACACUGGAGAAAAGCCUCAUAAAUGUGAAAUUUGUUUUAAGCAAUUUAGUAUAGCAAAUAAUUUGAAAAAACAUUUGAGAGUGCACACUGGAGAAAAAGCUUACAAGUGUGAAAUUUGUUUUAAGCAGUUUACUCAAGCAAGUACUUUGAAAACACAUUUGAGAGUGCACACUGGAGAAAAACCUUAUAAGUGCCAAAUUUGUUUUAAACGGUUUUCUCGGUUAGAUAUUGUGAAAGAACAUAAAAAUACUCACACGGGAGAAAAACCGUACAAGUGCGAAAUUUGUUUUAAGCAGUUUGCUCGCAAAAUGUGUUUAACUGAACACAUUAAAGUUCACACUGGAGAAAAGCCUCAUAAAUGUAAAAUUUGUUUUAAGCAAUUUAGUAUAGCAAAUAAUUUGAAAAAACAUUUGAGAGUGCACACUGGAGAAAAAGCUUACAAGUGUGAAAUUUGUUUUAAGCAGUUUACUCAAGCAAUUACUUUGAAAACACAUUUGAGAGUGCACACUGGAGAAAAACCUUAUAAGUGCCAAAUUUGUUUUAAACGGUUUUCUCGGUUAGAUAUUGUGAAAGAACAUAAAAAAACUCACACGGGAGAAAAACCGUACAAGUGCGAAAUUUGUUUUAAGCUGUUCAGUCAUGGAAGUAGUUUGAAAAGACAUUUGAGAGUGCACGCCGGAGAAAAACGUUAUAAGUGCUAGUGAUGUAAGAAAAGAAUAUUCUCAAGACAAUAUUCUCGGUGAGAAUUUUCUAUAUUUACAAGAACCGAAAUAAAAAUUUUCGUCAAUAAAAAGUAAAUUUUUAUCGCAAAAUGAAACCAAUUCGAUAUUAAUUUGUCAACAUUGCUUUUAUACAACUAAAGAACGCAAUUAAAUAUACAACACAUUGACCAAGAUUACUAUGUAAUUUGAUACAAGAAGAAUACAAAAAACAAUGUUAUUUUUAACCAGUGGCGGCUCGUCAGAGGAGGCAAGGAGGCUUAGCCUGCCCAUAAAUUUUUUACACACGCUACACUGUUUUGUUUAUCUUGAAUCGCGAAAAACAACAAGCACUCUCACUAUUAUACAACGUGGAAAUUCCAUAUUAUCACUAAAUAUCCAUACGCACGAAGCAUUAGCAUGAGAACGCAUGAUUGGGUCUCAGUUUUUUUAUUAUUAUUGUAGGCAGGACCCUGGGUUAUCCCGAGAUGCAUGAACGGAGCCGAGAGGCCGGCCAGCCUCCGUUGCUAAUGCUCCGCGCAGCGCAGCAGGCGUUUAAGGAGACACGGUCUCCUAACAGUGGCAUCUACGGUGCCAUCACACGCUGCCUGGAGAUUUACCAACGGAGGCUAACUAGCUUCUCGGCUCCGUUGCCGUUGCGUGCAUCUCGGGACAACGAAUCUUAGGGUCCUGACUAAAAAUAAUGAAAAAACUAAAAGUGCGAAUUUUGUUAUGAAAUUUGGUAUUUGGGGUACAACUUAUUUAGGUAUUUGGGGUAUUUGGUAUUGGAACAACUCGUUCAAAUAACUUUUUCCGAUAUUUUUAACGCAAAGCAAAAUAUCGGUAAUUUAUCAUGUUUUUGGAUUCGCAGGAGGCCGCGUUUAGAAUUAAAAAAAUUCAGUUGAGUAUCUUAAAAAAUGUGAACCUUCAACCUGUAUAGACUGCAAAAUGAAAUUGUUAACAAAUAAACGACUCAAACUUUGGUAUUAAACUUUUACAGUUAGACAGUUACAGUUACUUUAUUUUUAAAAUGAUAUAUUAUAUUAUGAAUUAUGAUGAUAUUAUGAAAAAAUGUAAAUAAAAAAUGGUCAAAAAAUGGGGCCUUACAUUACAUUUUUUGGCGCAUUUUUUUGCUAGUGCAAAAUUUGUCUAGAUAUUUUAGAGUUAGGUAUAGCCUCCCCUGUUGUAAAAAUCACGAGCCGCCACUGUUUUUAACCGAAAUUCUUGUUAUCCGAAACGGUCUUCCUCCCAAUUAUUUCGGUUAACGGAGGUUGUACUGUAUAUUGUUUUUGCUGAAAUUCACCUAAAUUCUUUGCAUCCUAAUAGACCAGAGAAAUUAGCAAUUAAAUGGUCUCUUUCGUGACAUCCGUUGAUACGGAUGUCACAAUUACUAAGAACUGCUUUCGGUAAAUUUAGUUACAACAAUAUCCAAUAUAAAAAUUAUGCAAAAGAUUUACCGUACUUUUUAACUUAUAAACAAUAUAUAAACAAUUAAAAAUCGCUAUUUGAUUUUAAAUACAAAAGGUGGAGACCGGUAAAUUAUUUGAAAUAGUGACAUAAUUUUUCUGAAGAAGCAUAGAAAAUUCUUUAAAAUGAGAGUUUGCAAAGUUAUUUUUGUUAAUUUGUUGCUUAGUUAUUGGGAAAAUAGCUCCAAAAGUCGAUUAUUUAAAAAUGAUUAAUAACGUUUCUGAAAAUAAACAAAAAACUUUAAUUUUGCGUCAGAGUAGGAACAAUGUUACAAGCAUUUUGUGAUUAAAAUUUCAAGAAGGUUCACUUAAUAGUUAUUGCAAAAUUGCAUUUGUUAUUCCCAAAAAGCUUUUAUCUACAACGUCAUUAUGCGUCAACUGUUAGGUUUACAUAAAUUCUAAAGGCACCAAAUCAAAGAAAAAGAUAAUUUUAUUAAAAUGAAUCAUUUAAUGGUUAAAAAAUGUAUGCUAAACAUUGUAAAAUAUUUUUGAAAAAGUGGUAUGAUUUUAAGCUUAUAAACAAUUAGAAUAACUUAGACGCAUUGGCAUGUAGAAGUUAAUAUUUUUUAUUUGACAUGUUGGAAUUUUUAUACAAAUUAAAACAAAAAAAAAAUAAUGCCCUUAAGGCCCGAGUUAACCAUUUUUUUUUUCAAAAAUUCACCGUGGCUUUGUUUAUAAACAUUAGGAAACUUAAAAAGUAACAUUUAAAAGAAUAGAAGUUUCAGUAUAAACAAAAAAAAAUCAAGACGAUUGUUCUGAAAGUGAGCCGUCCAUGAUGCGCCAAAAAUGCAAGGUUCAAAAGCAAAGCGAGUGUUUGAUUUUACUGUCGAAUAAUGAAUUCAGAACUACACAUUUACAAAAGUCGCAAUAACUCCGGUUCUAAUCAACGAAAAUUGAUGUUCUUUUUGUUAAUUUGGGGUGCCUCGGUAUCUAGAUUAUAAAAAUACGAUCAGCUAAUUUGUGAUUUGUUUAUUUAAGCCAGUAUUUUGUUUAAACCAUUUAAAAUAAAUAUUUUUUUGACAAA